AUUAAUGCUAAAUAAUAUUGGAUAUCUAGCGUAUAUAUCAACAAUGGCAGUAUUUUUGAUAGCCACUCCAUCUUCUUUCAUUAAAAAGGGAGAUUCUGAAUAAGAAUAAUCAAUAAUCAAUGUCUCUUUAUCAGGAUUACUCUAGACUGAAUUAGUAAAGAAUGAUAAUAAUUGUUAUUUAGGGAUUGAGAAUAUGCGGGUUUUAUCAUCUGAUUUUGUUGGCUGCAUUUAUCCUUAAGUAGGAGUAAUUGAAAUUCGUUUGUUUAAAUGUCUAUGCACUAUUUUUAGUAUCAACAAUAGGAAGCUUGUUUUUCGAUGGAGUUGGGUAAACACAAUCGGAAAGACUUGAAAGGUAUGGUUUAUAAAUAAAAUUAGAUUUGGAUAUUAAGCAGGAAUAUUCAGUGUUAUUGCCUAUAAUAAUUGGCCAUAAACAAAGUAGGAGAAGAAGGAUUCAAAAGUGGAGGAAGAAAAAAGUGAGGCUUAAACAACAUAGAAGGUUGAAUAGACGAAAGAAAAGGAAAAGAGCAAUGAGAAUACUUAGAAAGAUCAAAAAUAAGGGAAGAAGAAGGGCAAAGCAAAGAAUGAAUGACUCAUAU